AAACAGAAGUAUAUGAUGUAACCAGAGCUUGAGUGAAUAAGUUAGAUUUUUAAGAGAUUUGAUUUUUUAUUUGAUUAUUAGAUCAUUAAAACAGAAGUAUAUGAUGUAACCAGAGCUUGAGUGAAUAAGUUAGAUUUUUAAGAGAUUUGAUCAUUGUGUUGGUUGUCUAUCUAAUGAUUUUUCAGUGGCUUCCUUUGUCUUCUAAACAUAAGACAUGGAGGAAGCUCAUUUAGUUAAUAGUCCAAGACUAGUUCUAACCUUCUCCAAGAGAAAGAAGCAAAAGCCUGAUUUUCAGGAUUCAGACAUGAUAAGGUCAUCUCCGUUCAGAACAUCACAAGUGCAUGGACCUAAACACUCUGAGGUGUAUGGUUUUGUUGGGUCCAUAUCCACUGUUGUAGCCACAGUGAUCUUCUUGAUAUGGGCAUAUGUACCAGAUAAACUGUUGGAGUCUAUACGGAUCCGUUACUACCCAAGCAGGUAUUGGGCAUUGGCUACGCCGACGUAUCUGAUGAUGACUUUGCUGUUAGGUUUGGCGUUUUAUAUUGGUCUCAACUUCACCACCACUCCACACCCAACCUCUCUCAAUACCUUGUUUGAUGAGUACAGCCGAGAACUUGGGGAGUUUGAUCCUCAGAUGGAGGAAGAGGAUGAGAGGCCUAUAGGUCCAACCUCUGACAUUGAUAUUACAAGUAUCAGUGAUGUCAUGUUCAGUUCAAGUGAUUUCAUGUAGCCUACAUGAUGUAGUAUAUAGCUUUUCAUUGUUUUGGUUUCACUAUGCUGAUAGUAGAUUUUGGGGGCUAUGGACAAUUUUUUGUAGUUUUUUACAAUUUUGGAAAUAUAUAUUUAUGAACAUUAUUUUUUGAAUUUUUG